CCCUCCCGCUCGCAACAUAAAAGUGACCAGCACACCGUGAAAACGACGAAUCCAAAAAUGAGUGAAGGCUUUACGGACGACGAGCUUUCGCUUCCCAAAGCGACGGUUCAAAAAUUGGUUUCCGAAAUGUUGCCUUCGGACUUGAUGUUUACGAAAGAAACAAGAGAUUUAUUAAUUGAAUGUUGUGUGGAAUUCAUUCAUCUUGUUUCCAGUGAAGCAAACGAAAUUUGUGAAAAAGAGGCCAAGAAAACGAUUGCAGCAGAACACAUCAUCAAAGCUCUUCAAAACCUCGAGUUCAAGGAGUACAUUGACGAAAUUGUGGGUGUCGCUGCCGACCAUAAGGAACAACAAAAGAAUCGUGAAAAGAAAACAAGCAAGUUUGAACAAUCAGGCGUGUCCCGAGACGAACUGCUGCGUCAACAAGAAGAGCUACUCAGCAAGGCUAGAGAGCGCUUCCAAAAUCAAAACAAGAAUGCUUCGGCUUCUGGUCAAACUGCGUAGUUAGAACGACGGUCUGACUUGCACACUGCAUCGCAUAGUGUCGCUUGCACACCCUGUAAUUCUGUUCACCUGGCUCGAGUCCAGGGCUCGUCUCGUACAUUAUAUUUCCUGGUUAAUACGAAUGGUGGGUAUAUGAUUUGGAAGAAACGCUGAAGCGAAACUGAAAAACGUAAGGAUUCACGGUAAAAGAGUGCACGGUGUAUGAUUCGGGUUCGUUUCUGUCUCCCCAACGAGACGACUGCUUGUCCUUG